AUGAACGAAACGGUCACUGAAGAUCCAUUCUCUUCAACAACUCAAUUCUAUAAUGUGACUCAAUCAAGUCAAAAUGAGACUUCUGAUGAAAAUCAGACAAAAUAUAGUCUCACAAUUCGAGAUGGGGUCAAUUACUUGAUGAAUGGUAUGCCGGAAUACUCGAAUGUUAAUGAUGACUAUAUUCCCUAUGUAGUGACACUUUUGAUUACGAGAAAAUCCUCGGAAGCAAAGAAACGAGCGGAGGGUCGGCUUUCGAUUAUGCUAAUCAUCACCCAUUUGAUCACCGUUUUCCAUCUUGGUUUCGUCGUGCUCGCCAAUCGAGUUCUCCGUAGACUCGCGACGGGAUUCACGUUUUUCAUUCUUCUUGAGUGCAUUCCUGUUCUACUGCAUUUAUUGAUGGGCUUUGUUGUCACUUAUUUCAAUUUGCCGUAUAAAUCAAAGAAAAGCGGUCCGCAAACGACGAUUUCAAUGAUUCCACCUCCAACUCCCGGAAAAACACCUCAAAAGUCGAUUCUUAAAAAGGGAAUU